AUGCGGCCACGACGCAACAUCAUCCCCGGGCGCAUAGGCCACACGCCAGCAGCAGCGCCAAGCUUCAUCUGCUCGGCCUGCAGGUUUGCAGCAACAGCCACCACUGCAGGCCCGCGAAAAGCGCAGCCAUUCUCAUCAUCAUCCCCCGCCAGGUCUGCGCUGCUACCACCAUCGCCACCGCCCUCCGGCCUGGUCGCGCUCUCGUCCAGGCGCCUCAUCUCCGUCUCGGGCCCGGACAGCCCCAAGUUCCUGCAGGGCGUCAUCACGCAGAACAUCCUCUCGCCCGCCGCCGGCGGGGGCUCCUACGCCGCCUUCCUGAACGCAACGGGCCGCCUGCUGCACGAUGUCUUCGUCUACCCUGACUCCCGCGGCGCCCCCGGGGAGAGCUUCCUGGUCGAGGUCGACGCCGCCGAGGCGCCCCGGCUCGAGCGCCACAUCAAGCGCUACAAGCUGCGCGCCAAGUUCGCCGUGCGCCUGCUCGACCCGGGCGAGGUCACCGUCUGGCACGGCUGGGACGACGGCGGCCGCGGCGGUGCUGCGCUGGGCGCGACGCCAACCAGUGGCCAGGGCGCCGAGGACACCAAGCGGAUCGCGCACCUGCGCGACCCGCGGGCCCCCGGGCUGGGGCACCGGAUGCUCACGGAGGGCGACCGGGAGCCGCUGGUGGAUCUCGAGAGGGCCGCCGACGAGGACGUCUAUCGCGUGAGGCGGUACCUGAUGGGCGUUCCCGAGGGCCAGUCCGAGCUGCUCCGGGAGCAGGCCCUGCCGCUCGAGGGCAACCUGGACGUCAUGGGCGGCAUCGACUUCCGAAAGGGCUGCUACGUGGGUCAGGAGCUGACCAUCCGCACCAAGCACCGCGGCGUGGUGCGCAAGCGGAUCCUUCCGGUUAUGAUCUACGGCGCGGACGGCGCGGAACAGCCCCAGCAGCUUCAGUACCGCCCUGAGGACUCCGGUGCGGUGCAGGUGGCUGGCUCUAUCCCGACGGACACGAGCAUAGGGAGAUUAGGGAAGAGGGGCCGCAGCGCGGGCAAGUGGCUGCGGGGCGUCGGCAAUGUCGGCCUGGCGCUUUGCCGGCUGGAGAUCAUGACGGACGUGGUAUUGCCCGGGGAGACGGCUGCGAGCUCAUAUACUCCCGCAGACGAGUUUGUUAUGGAGAGAGGGGCAGGCGAGGAGGGGGAGGAGCCCUUCAAGGUCAAGAUCAAGGCAUUCAUUCCGGAGUGGCUCAGACAGGGGCUGGACGGGCAGCAGAAGCACUGA